UUGAAAUAUAAAGAAGUUCAAAAACUGAAAAAGGACGCCAUCCUCGUUAAUAGCAUAAAUAUGAAAAAAUCGAUAAUUUUCACAAUAAUUGCAUUAUUGGCAGUGAUUUCAAUAGUGACGAUUAUAUGGAUACUUCAAGUGCAAUAUAAACCGGAUUAUUCGUCUCAGAAACGCGCUCACCAAUAUUUUGGUCAACUAAAUUUUUCGCUCAAAUUAUUGGAUUCGUUGCAAAAAGAACAGCCAAAUGAAAGUAUUAUUUAUUCGCCGCACAGCUUAUAUCAGGUACUUUUACUGGCUUACUUUGGUGCUGGUGGUAAAACAGAAAAAGAACUCAAAGAUUUAUUAGGAUUGCAUUGGGCUGAAAGUAAAGCUGAUAUCGAGUAUAUGUAUGAAUUGGAGAAAGAAGUACGAGCCGAACGAUUUCAAAGUCAAUCUCAGAAUCAAACAAUCGAAUUUAACUCAGUCAAUAAACUAUAUGUGUCAGCAAAAUUUCGACUAAAGUAUUCGGUGAAGAAAUUGUUGAAUGACCGUAUUGAACAACUCAACUUUGAUACCGAUCUAGAUCAAUGUAUCAAACAAAUUAACCAAUUCGUCGAAAAAAUCACUAAGAAUCAAAUUCAAAAUCUUAUACGCGAUGAAAUCAAAGAACACACCGCGCUUGCUAUUGUAAAUGCAGUUUAUUUCAAAGGUGAUUGGGAAAAAAGGUUCGACAAAGCAGAUACCGAGCGGGAGUUAUUUUAUGGGCGCCAACAUGUUCAUGUCGAUAUGAUGUACAAAGAGGAGCGUACCGAAUGUGGUUUGAUUGAAAGUUUGAAAGUACGUUUCUUGAAAGUGCCAUACAAAGGUGAAGAUGGAUCGAUCUCAAUGUAUAUUUUCCUGCCUUUGGAUAAUUCAACAUCAAUUGAUGACUUAUUGGGGAAAUUUACGCCAAAAAUUCUAGAUUAUGCAUUCAACAGAGUUGAAAUAAAAACCCCCAUUGUUCACAUUUUAAUUCCAAAGUUUUCACUUGAAAAAACAUCUGAUUUGGAGUCGGCAAUGAAACGCAUGGGGUCACAGAAUUUGUUUAAAAAUUCAAAUUUCAAUGGUUUCUUUGAAGCUUCGGUUAAAACAGGCGAUAAUAAAAUGGUACAUAAGGCGAAAAUUGAAGUAAAUGAAGAAGGUUCAACAGCGUCAGCUGCAACACUGUUCGGUAUGCCGUUACAUUCAAUUCAUUCAAGGCCAAAAUCGGUAGUAUUUAAGUGUAAUCGUCCAUUCAUGUUCGUGAUUCACGAUCGCAAAUUUAAAGAAAUUCUAUUCGCAGGAAUUUAUCACGGACCAAAAUGAAUUUUUUUUAACUAAGCAAUGAGUAUUUUAAUAUAUACAUAUGUAUGUAAGUCUAUUUUUUCACAAAUCAAAUAUUUCUACGACUGGCUGAUGAAGAAUUUUAAUAGCAAUAGUAAUACAGAGUUCUUAAACCUACUUCUUGAACUU